AAUCGCCUCAGUCGAAAAGUGCGUGCCCGCGUGGUUCCGUCUCGUUUCGUUGUCACCCGGCUUGACAGCUAUUUUAAACGGCCGACCAGCCGAAAAUUAACACCAUGGCGUGAAGGAAAUGAGAAUCACGACCAGAAAAAUGUCCACUCCAAUACAGGAGGAAUUGGACAAUAACAUCAAGGUCCGCAGCGGUAUGGUCAAAGUCAGCGAUGGCAAGACGAGACCGACGCCUAUGCGACUCCAGCUGUCCAUGGAGUUGCUCAAGCUGCAGAAGGAAGAGGUGACACCUCCUAAUCAAAACAAUAAGCCUUCACCAUCAGAUUCACGGGUGAGAAUAGUCGGAAUAACAAGGCAAAAAGUAGGAGGACUCGGGCUCAGCAUCAAAGGAGGUUCUGAGCAUAAAUUGCCAAUUUUAGUUUCUAGGAUAUUCAAGGACCAAGCGGCUGACCAGACUGGUCAACUUUUCGUCGGUGAUGCUAUUAUAAAAGUGAACGGAGAACUGAUAACCCACUGCCAGCACGACGAGGCGGUGAACAUUUUGAGAAAUGCGGGCGACAUCGUCAUGCUCACUGUCAAGCAUUACAGAGCAGCAACUCCGUUUCUUCAAAAAGCUACAAUCAAAGAGGAUGAAGAACUUGCGGAAAGAGAGGAACUCGAAAAAGAGGAAAGGGAGCUUGACAACGGCAGCUUGCUCGAUGACGCAGAAGGCUGGAAAUGCAACGGAAGUGCAAACAACUCCUUGGACUCCAGGAAGAUGACUACCAACACGAGAUGGGUUGACAUCAUAACAGUUCCAUUAAUGAUGGCAUAUGUGACAAGGUAUAUUUUUGGGACAGACAAGCUAAGGCCAAAUGCAUUCGAAGUGCGAGGACUCAAUGGAGCGAGUACCGGCGUGGUACACUGUGAUGAAGCUGCUAUACUUUCUCAAUGGCUCAAAUACAUUACAGACAAUAUCAUGGGAUUAACGCAUCUUCAGAUGAAACUGUACAAUAGAAACUUUCCUGCCGCUGAACGGAUCGAGUAUAUGGGCUGGGUAAAUGAAGGGGUGUUGAACAACAAUCAACCUUGGCAAAAUUAUAGGCCCAGAUUUCUUACAUUGAAAGGGACCGAUGUGAUGCUUUUUGAUUCUCCGCCUCUGAACGUUGGUGAUUGGGCAGAGUGCAGUCUCGUAUUCAAGGUUUAUCAGUCAAUGCUGCGAGUAAUAAAAGACUCGGAGAAUGUCGACGAAAGGCAACAUUGCUUCUUGAUCCAAACUUCGGGUCAAGAGUCGAGAUACUUUUCUGUGGAAACGCGGCAAGAGCUCCUCAGGAUAGAAAGCUCAUGGCACAGUUCUGUUUGUUCAGCAGUUAUCAAAAUUGGGAACAAAAGUUUUAAUGUCUCAACUGGGGGGAAGCCUUGCAGCCUCACCCUAGACUGGAACAUGGGGUUCACCGUCAAUGAUACGGCAAGAACGUUCACAUGGCAAUACAAAUUUUCUCAGCUCAGAGGAUCAUCCGACGAUGGAAAGAGCAAGCUAAAAUUGCACUUUCAGGAUGCUGAAACUAAAGGAAUUGAAACCAAGGAAUUGGAAUGCUCCAAUCUUCAGGCACUUCUCUUCUGCAUGCACGCUUUCCUAACUGCAAAGGUUGCUUCGGUCGACCCAGCAUUUUUAAGUUCAAGAACUCCUUAAGUAACAUUUAGAUGGCGUAAACUUUUACAAUUCUAGAUUAAGGUUUAAGAUAAUAACAAUAAAAUAAAAAUAGCAAAUAAGUUAGUAUAAGCACAAAUAACUAAUCUCUUUGGAAAAUGGGGGGGGGGCAAAAAUGUCGGCACUGCGUUAUGAGCAUGUUACAAGUAGAUAAAUUCUUCAUAGGGCAAAAAUAAACAUUUAUGGUUGAAUAUAUCUCAUUAGAUCUGGUUAGAUUUCUAAAUGAUACGUAAGUAAACUAUGCAUGGUCCUCUCUGCAUGUUUUCUUCAAAUCGAUUACUUUUUUUCUCUUUGGAUUUGUAUAUAUCAAGAAAAGAUUAUAGAUCUGUAAAUAAUAUGAAAACUUUGUAAAUACGGAAAAUUGAGUACUGAAAAUAAUUGGUGCAUAUUUUGUUAUGUUGUAAAUUCAAAUAUUCUAUUUUUCUCUUGCUUGAUGUUUCAUGAGAUAAUUCUACUUUUCAAGAUGUAAUAACUUAAUCACUAUGUUCCUUAUACUGUUUAUGGGAUAUUCGUCUAAAUUAAAAAAUAAGAAAUAAAAUAAAUUGUGGUUACCAUUUUAUCUGGAAAUAUAUA